CGUGCAGAAUAAUUUGUGACCGCACUCGGAGCUAUCUCUUUCAGCACCGACUAGGUUUCAGAUAGUGACACAGUGUUGCUGUGCAGCACUCAGAUACUCGGGAUGAAAACAAUGGGAAGGAGGCUGCGCUCUUAAUUUAAGCUUUCUGUCGACGAUGGGGAUAAUUUCAACGUGGAAAGGAGCAGUACGCCUACUGGAGGGAAAUCCCCUUGUUUGCGUUGUUACGCAUGCAGACACUGAAAACCUCACCGUCCACGCACGCACAUCACACUGAGUCAUAACGAGACAGUAUCCAGAACUUCCACGUCGUGUCUUCGGGACUCCACAGGAUUGCCAUGGUGGCUGCAUAAACCAGGACAGAGAAAAGGACGUUCAAAAUCACAACACCUGUUACCCCUGUAGCACAACACUGCACUUCUCUCCAACAUGACGGGACAGAGUCUAGAGGAGAUAAACGGAGGUUGCUGCGAGGACAAUACAAUAAGCAUAAAUGUCGGAGGGCUCAAGAAAAGACUUCUGCCCAAUCUGCUGUCUCGGUUUCCAGAGACCAGGCUGGCUCGUUUACUGCAAUGCCACUCAAAAGAGUCUAUUCUUGAACUGUGCGACGAUUACGACGAUGCUGAAAAAGAGUUCUACUUCGACAGAAAUCCGUCGCUGUUCCCUUACGUUCUGAAUUUUUACAACACGGGUCGACUGCACGUCAUGGCAGAGCUAUGCAUUUUCUCAUUCAGCCAAGAGAUAGAAUACUGGGGCAUCAACGAGUUCUUCAUCGACUCCUGUUGCAGCAAUGUUUACCACUGUAAGAAAAUGAAGGAGGAACAGGAGGAUUGGGAUGACAGAAGCGACGGGGGCAACACCACGUGCUCUUUCGACGAGGUGUUGGAGUUCUACAGCGAUGCGACCAAGUUCGACAAGCAGCCGCUGGGAAACAUGCGGCGGAGGGUCUGGCUGAUGUUAGACAACCCUGGGUAUUCCGUUGUCAGUCGGAUCUUCAGCGCGCUCUCUAUUCUGGUAGUACUGGGUUCACUUGCGACAAUGUGCAUGCAUAGUAUGUCUGAGUUCAUUCUGUAUGACACUGAAGGCCGACAGCUCGAGGACCCCCGCUUUCAAACAAUGGAGCACUUUGGAAUAGGAUGGUUCACAUUUGAACUGGUUGCGAGAUUCGUGGUUGCUCCCGAUCUCGUCCACUUUUUUGAAUAUCCCUUGAACUUCAUUGAUCUCGUAUCGAUCUUGCCAUUUUACCUGACGCUACUUGUAAACCUGGUGGCGGAGAGGAGCACAGCCCUGGCCAAUCUCGGGCGCGUGGUUCAGGUCCUGAGACUGAUGAGAAUCUUUCGGGUCCUGAAGCUCGCCCGCCACUCCACCGGACUCCGCUCACUGGGAGCAACGCUCAGAAACAGCUACAGAGAGGUGGGCCUCCUGUUGCUUUACCUGGCAGUGGGAGUCUCCUUCUUCUCUGUGAUGGCCUACACCACAGAAAAGGAAGAAAACGACGGACUGAUGUCUAUUCCCUCCUGCUGGUGGUGGGCCACCGUUAGCAUGACCACCGUGGGCUACGGAGAUGUGGUCCCGUGGUCUAUAGCAGGAAAAUUGACAGCGUCCGCGUGUAUCCUCGCGGGAAUCCUCGUGCUAGUGCUUCCCAUCACGCUGAUUUUCAACAAGUUCUCAAUCUUCUAUAAACGACAGAAGCAGUUGGAGAUUGCGAUGAGGACCUGCGAAUUCGACGAGGACCUUGGAGAGGUCUCCUCCAUUAAUUUACGAAACUAUUACGCACACAAGGUAAAAUCACUGAUGGCAAGCUUGUCCAAUAUCAGCCGGAUCUCUCAAAGUGAACAGAGUCUAAAUGAAUCCGUACGUUGAUGGCACCUGAGGUAUAGAGAGCAACAUGUUUCGUAUUAUGUUAUUUAUUGUAUUCCGGAAUUAGGGAAAGAUGGGUGUGCCAGUAUGCGCCAAUUAUAGACUCAUAAGUAAAUAUUACAUCGCAUGGAUAGCCUGUCUGUGUUCCUGAAUAUGGAGACAGACACCGUCACAUAUGAGCUGUGGUCUUAGUUCACUUGCCUGUUGAGACCCAUCAAGAGUGAUCAUCUGCAUAUAAAUAAUAUAUUCAGAGAAAAACUUGUAAUAAUCCAUCCAGCACACAAAUCAGCGGACCACCGCUGAAGUCUAAUACUCUAAUUAUAGUCGAUAGUGAAGGAAAUUUACUGUGUGCAUUUGUUACAGCGUGAUAUAAUACGCUAUACUUGCUACUGCCACUCAAAUGUAUUCACGUGUUCACUUCAUGAAAGUUUCGAUAUACAUCUGUGUUCUUGUGACAAACAAAUGUAAAAACAAUUAAAACAAAUUAUUUGGCAAAUGAUACAAGCAUUUAUUAUGUGAAAUAUAUUUUAAGUCUUGGCAAGAACUAAAAUCAAGAAUGUUUAUCAAAGAGACGUCUCCGUGACAGGAAAUCGUCUGAAGGCAAGAUAACAGAAAUAAUUUCAAGAAGUACUGUACAUGAAGUUGUCAGGAGGUGGAUUAUACUCAUUGUUUGCAGAUUUGCAGUAUAUAUACUGUAUGUGUGUGUGUAUAUAUAUGUAUAUAUUAUAUGUAUUACGAAAAGGAAGAGCAUUUCUGCAGACCUUUUAAUACAUGAAAUUUAUUAUUGAGUGUUACUAGCCUGGUUCCCUGAUACACCCACUAGACUUACAGACCCACUUAAGAUCCCCGUGUGCCAAACAGUUUUUAGUUAUCGGGGUUGUUACUUGUAAGUCAGUACAUCACUGGUUUUUCUGACAGUUCCAAAAAACACUCAGCGGCACGUUUAAUGCAGAGGUAUUUAUUGUUUUGUCGGAAAAUACACCUGAAAAAUAAGUUAGUGUUUUCAAUAAGAGGUCGUAUUCAUUUCAAAUAUUUACAAAGCUUGUUUAUGUAUAGCAAAUCAAAAUUAGCACACAAAUGAGGAGUGCUAUAAACUCUUAGGCAGCCAGGCUUCUCAACAUCAAUUGCUGUGCAGUAAUAACUGCCAAUCUAAAACCUGUCAUGUCUGCACCAAGUCAUUAGCAGGUUUAAGAAAUGGAAAAUGGAACUGUAUUCUCUGGAACAUAAUAAACAAUAAAACAUUUUUGGCAAGUGAAA